GGCAGGUUCUCAGAAGGGAUCCCUGAUCUUAGGGGGCCGCUGAUACAUUGCCCCUGAGCCGGGCAGCACCUGUCUGCGGUGGGACCCCAGGCUGGCAGAGGGGGAGUUGGCCGGCACGGGGGGAGCAGAGAUGAGCGAGACGCUGGACCUGGACAAGGGCUGUACGGUUGAGGAGCUGCUACAGGGCUGCAUUGAGGCCUUUGAUGAUGAGGGGAAGGUGCGGGACCCCCAACUGGUGCGAAUGUUCCUGAUGAUGCAUCCUUGGUACAUCCCCUCCUCCCACCUGGCCGCCAAGCUGCUGCGCAUCUACCAAGAGUCUCGUAGCUCAGAAAGCAGCUCCCUGCAGGUGAAAACCUGCCACCUGGUGAGGUACUGGAUCUCGGCAUUCCCGGCAGAGUUUGAUUUGAACCCGGAGCUAGCAGAGCAGAUCAAGGAGCUAAAGGAGGUUCUGGGCCGUGAGGGGAACCGGCGCCACAGCAACCUCAUCGACAUUGAGAAUGUCCCUACUUACAAGUGGAAGCGCCAAGUGACCCAGCGCAACCCGGUGGCCCCGAAGAAACGCAAGAUGUCGCUGCUCUUUGACCACCUGGAGUCCUCCGAGUUGGCAGAGCAUCUCACCUACCUGGAGUACCGCUCCUUCUGCAAGAUCCUGUUCCAGGACUAUCACAGCUUCGUCAUGCACGGCUGCACUGUGGACAACCCCAUCCUGGAGCGGUUCAUCACCCUUUUCAACAGCGUCUCACAGUGGGUGCAGCUCAUGGUGCUGAGCAAGCCGACCGCCCAGCAGCGGGCGCAGGUCAUCACCCGCUUCAUCCUGGUGGCACAGAGGCUCCUGCAGCUGCAGAAUUUCAACACGCUGAUGGCCGUGGUGGGGGGGCUGAGUCACAGCUCCAUCUCCCGCCUCAAAGAGACCCACAGCCACGUCAGCUCCGAGACCACCAAGCUGUGGGAGUCCAUGACGGAGCUGGUGACCUCGUUGGGGAACUACAGCCGCUACCGGCGCCGCCUGGCCGAGUGCGUCGGCUUCCGCUUCCCCAUCCUGGGCGUGCACCUCAAGGAUCUGGUGGCCGUGCACGUGGCGCUGCCCGACUGGCUGGACCGGGCCCGCACCCGCGUCAACGGCACCAAGAUGCAGCAGCUCUUCGGGAUCCUCAACGAGCUGGUGCUGGUGCAGAGCAUCAAACCACCCUUCGAGGCCAACAUGGACCUCAUCAACCUGCUCACGGUGUCGCUGGAUCAGUACCAGACGGAGGAGGAGAUCUACCAGCUGUCGCUGCAGAGAGAGCCCCGUGGCAAGUCGGCCGUGAGUGCGUGUCCGUCCAGCCCCACCUCCUGUUCCCCCCCAAGCCGACCGGCUGACAUAGACGAGUGGGCCUUGGCUGUGAAACCCAAACCGGACCAGACGCUGGUGCGGACACACAUUGAGAAGAUGGUGGAGUCCGUGUUCCGGAAUUUCGACGUGGACGGAGACGGCCACAUCUCCCAGGAGGAGUUCAAAAUCAUCCGCAACAACUUCCCCUACCUGUGCAAAUUUGGGGACCUGGAUGAGAACCAGGAUGGCUGCAUCAGCAGAGAGGAGAUGAUCUCGUACUUCAUGAAGUCCAGCGCUGUGGUGGACGGGAAGAUGGGCUUCAUCCACAGCUUCCAGGAGACCACCUUCCUGCACCCCGUGUCCUGCCGUCACUGCAAGAGCCUGAUACUGGGAAUCUACAAACAGGGGUUCAAGUGCCGCUGCUGCGGCGUGAACUGCCACAGGCAGUGCCGGGAACAUCUCUCCCUGGAGUGCCGCAAACGGACCAAGAGUUUCAGCCUGGCCAGCCCUGCCCACAUCCCCACCCGCUCCUUCAGCUUCUCACUGCCCCGCUCAGCCUGCAGAUCCCCACGCCACACAGAGAUCCGGGAGGAGGAGGUCCAGGAUGUGGAGGAUGGGGUUUUCGACAUCCAUUUAUAAAGACAAACACGGUCUGCUCUUCCUCACCAGCUGUGGCUCUUCCUCCCACUCCUCCCAAGCUGGGAUCUCUGGUCCCCACAAAUCUGCCAGCUGACUUCCCGGCUCCCCCACUGUGGGGUGACACAGAGAAGAGGCAAAGGGAGAAAGCAUGGGCCAAGGGGGAGAGACAGCCCUUCCAGUGGGUGCAGAAGCUGCUUUGGGGGCAGUUGGAUAGAUCCUUUACUGGUUGAGGGGACGGGGAGGUGGCUGCAUGUCAGGGCUCCUGGGUUCUAUUAAUGGGGGAUGAAGACAUGAGUUAACGUGGGGAUGGGUUGUGAAAUUAGUAAGAUCUCGCCUGACAUCCCCCAAACACAUCCUUAUGCGCUCCAGCAUCCGGUUCCAGUGUGGGGCCAUGGGGAGCGGGCGGGGGGACUUCCCCUACUCUGGUAGGAGCUGCCUGGGGUAUCCCGCCUGCCCUGCAGGAAGAGGAGGUUGCCUGGGGGCUGAUGCAUGUGGCCGAUGAUGGAGCGGGAGUGCAGGGGGUUGGUGUGGGAGCAGGAGGGUGGGGCGUGGGUCCCAGUCAGGACACCCCCCUUCCCCUGUGAUCCCGGCUGUACAGAUUCCUUGCUGUGUAUAUUUGUACCUAACAACAGGAUCAGAGAUGUAAUAAAUAUAAUAAAACCAA